AAGGAGAAGGAGGUGAAAGAGGAGGAGGAGAAAGAGACGAGAAAAAGGGACAAAAUAUACGAAUUUUUAAUUCGCGCGAGAUAAAAAAGGAAGGAGACAGGAGUAAAGGGCUAAUAGCCCUUUGGAAGCGUGGGGAAAAAUUAGGAGAAAAAUCGUCAAAGUACAGCGAUGAGGUGGAAUAUUUGAUCGCUCGGUUUGCGAGGGAAACCGAUUGUAACUAAUCCGACUAAGAGCGACCUUGAGCAAAAUGGUCAGGGGGAUGGUGUUACUAGUCUUGCUAGUUCUCUUCGGUGCCUUCGACGUUCCUGGCAUCGAGAGGGUUCGUGUUAGAUAUCUGGCUAAUGCUGGUAACACCUGUAACGCUUGUAGAAUGCACGAGGAGAUCAGAGCUCUCAGCCUCAAAGCCAUCAAGGAACAAAUUUUGAACAAGUUGGGCUUGAAACAAGCUCCAAACAUGACAGGUAGAGCCCUGCCAAGAAUUCCGCCGAUUUCCAAAUUGAUGGAUAUGUACGGGAUGCAAGCUGAUCAACCUCAACCUCUCGAGCCCGGUAUCUCGCAUCACGAGGAGAUCGACGAGUAUGCUGCCAAAACGGAGAGCGUCUUCGCCCUGGCGCAACCUCAUCAGAGGCUACGGCACUCGAAAGGCAGCCUCGACGUUCUCUAUUUCAAAUUCUCGGACAAGGUGGUUCAGCAUCGCGUGACGAGAGCGGAAUUAUCGUUGUGGGUAUGGGGGACGAAGGAAGAGGACGUCUCGGAAGAGCUGGACGGACUCGGAGGAGAUUUGGAACGGUCGAUGGAGAGCGAGGAGGAGGGUGGUGGGCCCGUGACGAUCACGUUGCAAAGGAUCGUUCGCGGCACCACCGAGACGGGAGGUCCAUCGUUGGGUCCACCGUUGACCACUAAACAUCCUCGACCGAUCGGCUCCAGAGGCAAUUGGGUAACGAUCGAAUUGAGGAGAAUGGUCGCAGAAUGGUUCAAACAUCCACGGGACAAUCUCGGAGUAGCGCUCAAAAUCUCCGGUCCCGGAGGUGGUGGUAGUAGUGGUGGUGGUACUAGUGGUGGUGGUGGUGGUGGUAGUGGUGGUGGUGGUGGUAGUGGUGGUGGUGGUGGUGGUAGUGGUAAUCAUCGCAGAAAUUCGAAAUUAGUCGAGACUAAUCCCGAAGCCGAGUACGCGCCAUACCUCGAAGUACAGACGCAAGAACUCGACUCUAGAAGAGGGGCGAGAAUCAAGAGAAACGUAGGACUUAAUUGCGACGAAGCCAGCCAAGAGACCAGAUGUUGUCGAUACAAGCUCACCGUCGAUUUUGAGAAAUUUGGCUGGGAUUGGAUAAUCGCGCCCAAGAAGUACGAUGCCAAUUAUUGUUCGGGCGAUUGUCCGAUGGCCUUUCUACCGGCAUAUCCGAACACUCACAUCGUCAGCCUGGCGGAACCGCCUAACAACUCUGGUCCAUGUUGCGCCCCGAGAAAACUCUCCGAGAUCACGAUGUUGUAUUUCGAUAACGAGUAUCAAAUCGUGUUUUCGCGAUUACCAGGCAUGGUCGUCGAGAGAUGUGGAUGCUCAUAGUCUACCUUUAUAGCUCGAGAGAAGAGCAACGACGGCGAAGAAAAUGUCAAGGCUCUUUUAGGAUCUACUAAAAUUGUCGAUGCUAUUUUUACUCCCAUCGUUCCUUCCCUUUCCUCCUUCUUCCUUUACUUUCCCUCCCUCUCGAUUUCGUUUCACCGUUUCCUUUUCCCGUUCCUUCCCCCCUCCCCCUUAAAACUUAUCCAAUUUCCAUGGACGAUGAACGGUGGUGAUUAUCGUCGCGUCACCGUUCUCAUCGUCGUCGUCGUCGUCGUCGUUGUCUCUGUUCUUCGACGAAUUCUCAUUUCAUAGACUGAAAGUGCCUUGUUCGGGGUGGUUUAUUAUUACCGAAAAUCCCUUUGUAAAGAAUAUGAACGGGGAAUCACGAUCAACACACUCAACGAAUGCAGAUACAGCUGAUCGAAAAGAUCAUAAGAUAAAAAAGUCCGUUUUUCUUUUCUUCGAUGUAUGAUAUGAUAUCGAUGUAAUUGAAACGGACACCUUUAUAGUCGUUUAAGAUUAAUGGCAAGGCAAAUAGUUCCUAGAGUCACGGUAUUAUUAUUAAGGUGUCGAUGCGUUUACACCUGAUCUAAGGAAAACGACCGCGAAAGAAUUAUUUUUUAUACGGGAGCUUAUCGCAUUUAAAUCACCGACUUGCUACUUUUCACGGUCCGAUUUUUAUCCGACUUAUAGAACUUUCACGAAUCACGCAAAACGAAAACAAAGCAUCUUAUCGCAAUGUUUCCUUGCACAUCGUUGCCUUUCCAAAAGCGAGGAUACGAAGAUGGAACGAUUCGUUUCCGGUAGUCGUCGUUGAUCGGUGAAAACGUGUUGGCCGAAAGAUCUCUGUGUACAGCGAAUCAUUUUCUUUUUUUUUCUCUUUCUCUUUCUCUCUCUCCUCUCUCCUCUCUAUCUUUCCUCUUUUUCUUCUUCUUCUAUCUGCUUUUUACAAACAAAUAAACGAUACGUAUACGAGAAAUGUUUUCUCUUCGAAUAUAGUAUAGCGAUAUAAGUAAAUGCAAAUUUUCUCUCCUCUUUUCUUCUUUUUUAUAACGCAUACUUGGAUACUCCUCUUCCUUCCUUCCUCUCACGUAUAUCCAUCCGUUCCCGUUUCUUUCCUUUUAGCGAGUCAUGUGAAUGCGUGCAUACGAGUCGUGUAAAUAUAUCAUAUAUCUAGAUCGUU